GUCAACGUCAGCGAGAAGGUGAUGGCGCUCAGCAACGACGUGGUGUCACGGGCGGUGUUCGGCGGCAAGUUCCCGCAGCAGGAGGAGUACCUCCGGGAGCUGGAUGAGGCGUUCGUGCUGCUAGGUGGUUUCUGCCUCGUCGACCUCUUCCCGUCAUCGUGGCUGGUUCGGUGGCUGAGCAACGGCGAGCGCCACAUGAGGAGGAGCUAUGGCCACAUCCAGCGUAUCAAUGCCGACGUCAUUGAGGGGCGCAAGGCGGCGCGAGCUGCCGCACAGGACGGUGCCUCCAGCACCGACGACGACGACGACCUGCUGGACGUGCUGCUCAGGCUGCAGGAGGAGGACACGUUCACAUUCCCUAUGACCACUGAGAGUAUAGGCGCCGUCUUGUUUGACAUAUUUGCAGGUGCCACUCAGACCACGGGAGUUGCCUUGGAGUGGGCUAUGGCUGAGCUCAUUCGUCAUCCCCAAACCAUGGCGAAAGCACAGCUUGAGAUCCGAGAGGUUCUAGGUCAAGAUCGAGCUGUGAUUACUAAUAGUGACCUCGCUGAACUCCACUACAUGCGGAUGGUCAUUAAGGAGGUUCUUAGAUUGCAUCCACCUGGUCCUUUGAUCCCCCGCAGGGCCAGGGAAGACCGUAAAGUUAUGGGUUUUGACAUGCUUGAGGGCACCAAUAUAUACAUUAAUGCUUUUGCGGUUUCCAGGGAUCCAAAUUGUUGGGAAAGCCCUGAAGAGUUUAAGCCUGAAAGGUUUGAGAACAAUAACAUGGAUUACAACGGGACAUACUUUGAAUUCACCCCCUUCGGUGCUGGUCGGAGGCAGUGCCCUGGGAUACUUUUUGGCACAUCAACCAUGGAGAUUGCUUUGGCAAAUCUUCUCUACCACUUUGACUGGGUGCUUCCUGGCAAGGCAAACCCGCAAUUUUUGGACAUGACCGAGAAAUACGGGAUCAUCGUUGGAAGAAAAUAUGACCUACAAUUGAUACCUAUUUCCCGUGGAGGUUUCCAUGCCACAUAG